AUGGCCGUUGAUACAAAUGUUUUGGAGACCGUUAUCCGAGGCGCUUUGCCUGUGAUGCACCUCGAAAUCGAGGAUCAGUCAAAUGGGUGCGGGGAGAACUAUGCCAUCAUCCUCGUUAGCGAGGCUUUCGAAGGGAAAACAACGCUGGCACGCCAUCGUUGGGUCAAUGACUUGCUGAAGAAAGAGAUAGCGCAAAUGCACGCAUUCUCGCAGAAAACCUUCACACCCAAGCAAUACGAGGCAUAUUUGGCCAAGAACGCCUAA